GCGCUCAAAGGGCAAAUGACGAUCAUGAAAACAAGGAAGUGAAGACAAGGAACUUUGCCUAGGCUGCUGUGUUUUUGUUGUCAGGAAGGCCUCGAUUUUAUUUUAACAAUCAAGACUGCCUCUCUGUCUCGUAUUCCUUGUCGAUACACAGAAAUCCACGAAAAAUGAACAACAAAGGUUCUUUCCCUCAGCAAGCUGUGUACCCCCAACAGAGCUCUGCACCAAUGUAUCCUCCAGCUAUGCAGGUUCCUGCCACGGCACCCCCUUACUCCGACGCCCCCCCUGCAUACUCUGAGACGCUUUGCUCCCUGCCUUGCUGCCAACAGAUCUACCAGCCCAGGUACAUGCACGCACCCCCGGGCCCAGGCCAGAUCCCACAGAUGUCCUCCGCCUACCCAGGCACCCAGAUGUUCAUGCCCCUGCCACAGACGAUGCCAGUGGGCGCCAUGGGGGCUAAUGUUCCAAUGGCCUACUACCAAAUGGGUCCCGUAUACCCUCCAGGGUCCACAGUGCUGGUGGAUGGGGGCUUUGAUGCAGGGGCUAGAUUUGGAACCGGCGCAGGUGCCUCCAUUCCUCCACCUCCACCUGGAUGCCCUCCAAAUGCUGCCCAACUCGCCGCCAUGCAAGGAGCCAACGUGGUCAUGACACAGCGCAAGAACAACUUCUUCAUGGGCGGCUCCAAUGGUGGCUACACCAUCUGGUAACAGCGGGCAAAAACCACAGGCUUGUUGCUCUCAACCACCAUUAAAGCCCCCAUUGAGUCUUUUUCUCUCUCUUUAUGUCUCUAACCCCUUCUCACUUUCUCUAUUCCCUUCUCUCUGCCUCUCCUCUCCUCUCCCCAUCUCCUUCUCUGCCCUCUCUCUGUCUUUCUCUCCCUCCUCCCAUCUUUCCUCUUUUUAGCUUCUUUCGGGGCUGCUUGGCCAUGCCACAAUACUGAUAUCACCUAACGGAAUGUAAUAUUUUAGAGCCCUUAGUAAAGGUACAGUACUCCACUGCAGAUCUAGAGCACAAAACGGCUCAGACUACUGAUAGGCUGACUGACCACACCUGGGAAACCCCGCCUCUUUAGGCAAACAGACAAGAGCAUAAAGUCUGUCAGUCGCUGAUUGGCUGACAGUCACUGGCUGGCGAAAGACUUUAUAAUGCGCUAUUUUUUGGUGGGAGUAAGAACAUACCUUUUGCUCUUUUGGCAUACAAUACAGUCAGACCAUUAUGUUGUCGUUUUAACACUUAUAUUUUACACGUAUAGACUUUUACACGUAUACGUUCUCAUCGUCUGUAUCGUACAUUGUAAAAACCCUUUGUGCACUGCUUUAAAUUUUACAGGUGAUAUCUGUUUACUGGUAUUUCAAGGCCAUUUUGUUUACGACAGCCACACCUGUUAACGUCUGUUAUGCGAAAACACCCUAGCAGAACGAACGAACAACCGUCUUCCUCUCUUAAGGUGCUCGCAUUUGGCCAUAGCACUCACAGACUCUGAUGACUGAUGUUAGGUAUUUGGUAAUCACAACAGGAUUUGAGCUGUCACAGGAAUAAUGAAAAACAUCCAAAUGAUUGCGAAUAGAGAUGGAUAGAGGAUCUAAUCAGGCGUGGAGAGAAUGCGAUUAAUGACCUCAAAAGUUGAAAAAUGCGAGGACUUGAGUUUGUUUACAAGAGCGGAAUGAUGGUGGAAUACUGUACCUUCUGGGCCAGCUUAGACAAACUAUAAUCAGGUGCCAAACGACGUAAGAGCACCAUCAGAAUAUAAGCAAAGAAAUUUACAGAUGAAUGCAGAACCCAAUGCAGUUGCAACAUUUUUAAGACUCAUUUUUGUGUGAUAGGUUUCUUUUUUGUUUUGUUUUUGUUUUCUUUUUUUUUGUGUGGAGAGGUUGGUUGGCUUCAUAACAUAUCUGCUGUUCUAGUCCCCAUCUGCCCUUUUUGUUCACACCCUGCGUCGGAUACCCAGAGCUGUACAUAUAGCAGUAUAUGAGUUAGUUGAGUAAAAAAACUUAAGUCUCCAAACGAGUCUCCCACACACUCCCCAAGUAGGCUGGGUCCAGUCAUCACAAUCCUGACACUGUGGUCAAGGAGUCACCUUUUUUCCUUUUUUUUUUUCUUCACUCCAAAUGUUGGCACAUCAAGAGCAAGGUUUUUAUUUCCUUCUUAGUGAGUUUCCUUUGAUGUAUAACCAAGAAGCAGGUUGUACCAAAGAUCUGGACUAUAGAAUGCACUAAAAGCUUUUGCUGUGACUUUAAAGUCAUCUUUCAUAAUAAUUCUGCACAUAAGGUUAAAAAAGUCAAAAAGAAUAACAAAACAUAUCAACAUGUAGUGAAUGGUGAUGGUUUGGCCGGCAUUGCCAUGCCCGCAGAGCCUCACCCCUGCUGUGACUUGUCUUUUGUAGUGGGGUGCGUGAAAACGUAUAUCUAGUGUAAUUGCAUCUUGAUGGUUCUGCAUGCUUUUUGCACUUUUCUUCAAAAAUACAUUUUUUUUUUCCGUUUGUUUUUAAUAAAGGAUUUAUCAUUGUUAAAUUUUUUAGGAAUACUACAAAUAUUAAUUUAUGUGCACUGUCAACCAACUCUGAAAUGUUAGAUUUUUUGCAAAUUGUUUUUUGUAUAAAUGCUUUAUAAAAUGCAAAUACAAUGUCAGUCAUGCACCUCCCUUUGUGGAUGAUUUUACAAAGCCGUUUCAUUAAACAACAAAUGUACCUUCGUUCUAA